AAACAACAAUGAACUUCUCCCUUUUCUAAAUCUUGAAAGUGUAAAGUCUACCGAACAAGUAGCUUAAAUGUAUUUGUCUACUCCAAUUCCAAAAUUCAACAAAGUGGAUUUACCUUUGUUCUUCUACUUUUUUAACUGUGCGGCUUGACCGAUUUUUAUAAGUUGGGCAUCCAUUCUGAUUGCCCUUCAUGGGGGUAAUCGAGACUAUUUUCCCAUGCUUUUUAUUCUUCGAGGUUGUAGUGAGAGCAAACAGAUAAUAACAACACCUUUACAUUGUCAUGGAUGCAUUUCUAUCCAAAUUAUCCUAUCAUGCUACUAGCUAUGCCAUCCGAUCCUGUCUUGCCCUGACUUCGACCUAUGUCAUUCAGCAAGGGUCAAGAUUGCUCAAGGAUGUUGAAGAUGAUCCUCUACGGAUUGAAUUAAGUCACCUGCAACGUCGGUUGGCUCGCAAGAUCGAGCUCAUCUCUCCAAUUCUAGAGUCAAUCGAAUUCCGUUAUGCGAGAGGAAACUCGGCGCUGGAGGCUGUGGUACGAACAGCGCAGGAGCUACGAGACAAUGUUGAUUCCCUUGGAAAACGCCUCGAAAUCGCUGCCUUGGCAGAUGAGUCACAAAAAAUUAGGGGGGCUAAGAGCUCCUCUGCGGCUGCUCCUCUGCGGCAUCUGGAGAUCAAAAGCAUAAUCACGGACGUCAAGCAGCUAAUCCUUGACAUUGACGACUCUAUACCUCUUAUCAACCUUUGGGUGUCCGCAAUAGGGGGCAUACAGACUCAGCAGUCAGGAUUUUCGCCAUCCCGUUUGCUGCAGGCCAGCAUGCUUGUGAAUGUCGGAGACACUCAAUACAUCCUCGAUCCCGGUAAGCCGAUGCAAAUUGGCCCGGACUUCACGCUGUCUCUUUAUAUGCUAUUUCGUGCCCACGCGAAUUCGGGUGAGCCUUACGGUGUAGAAGAUGGCCAACGAAAACCAAUAUGGCAAGAAGUGAUACACAAGGCCCGAGUUCGGCUUCGUCGCGUACCACUCAACCAUGAUCUUCCCGGACUUAGUAAUGGUGGUAACACCGCAUCGCCCGUGAAUUACGCUUAUCAGCUUCAAAUUGUGGAGGACCUAGAUGACGGACGAGUCCAUACAUUUGAACAUAACGAUGCGCAACCAGGUUCUUAUGACGGGCUUGCCCUUGCGGGUAUUCGAGAGGCCAUCCCAGUGCAUCAAGUAUCAAAAAUGUUUUAUGCUGAUGUUGGGAGGAUUUUGAAUAUUAAUAACGAGGAUGGCGCCUCGAGCAAUCCCGUGCUUCUACUGAAAAGAGACGCUAAUGCUGUACCCCCAAAUAGGGAAAUGCUAGGUGAUACAGAGCAAAUAGCACCGGCAAAAUUGAUUCAAGAUGCAGACGACAGUAUUAUUUCCGACGAUACAUUGAACGGCGACCCUCAGGAUGAGAUUAAUUAUCAACUCCGACGAGAAAGUGAAGCUGCCCAGGAGAUUAUACCGAAAUCAGAAAACUCACAACCGAGAAAUCCUAAUCUUUGGAGAUUUCCACAAGACUUAGACCCGGAAUGGAUAGCUCUCGAAGUAUUUGAAAUAGACGAUGAUAACGAUACGGACGCUAGUGACGAAGAUGAUCACACUGUAGAAGACGACGAUGCAAAGGACAAGGAUGGAGGAUCAUUAAAUGACGGCCUUCAACGCCGAUUAAAACCGCGUCCUUCCGUCGAUUCGAAUUUAGUCGUACAACUCAAUCGGAUGAGUCUUGCGUCUUCUUCGCGACCGUCCUCCCGGAGUUCCGAAGCGCUUAUUCCGGAUAUCGGAAAAUUCGACGAAGAGCUAAUUGAACGAUCUCCCUUCGGCGCCAUUCAAACAUCGCUCUCUCUUCUUGAGAUGUUACUCCGUCUUACAAGCCUACAGGAAUUUGAACAAACUACUCACCUCGCUAUACCUGACCACGUAUUGAGGUUCUACCUCGACGAGUCUUCCUCGCGGGCAGAUGCGGAUGCUCCUGUUCACCGUGGAGUUGGAGGGGGCCGGGGCUAAUGGCAAGACUAUGGGUGACACGGAAAUGGGCAUGGUUGAUAUGUACUAGGCAAUAGGCACCAAAAACUUUGGGCGUACAGGCGUGUUUCUCGGCGUAGACCGCUUCGGGGCUUGUUAAAUUGGCUGGCUGGCAUACAGUGUUCACGGCGAACAUUUCGCUAGAUAAAUAACGAUAAUGUAGAACGUGAAGCUGUCCGCGGUGUAAUUUUGAACGUGAACAUCGCCUCUAUGUACGCUCGAGAGACAUCAGAUGAGUACAUAUACACU